UCGAAACCAUCGACAAAAAUGAUACUGAAACCAUGGAAAGCCUUGUUACCCACAUUAAAAUUCCCACAAAAUAUAUGGCUAGAUAUAUCGAGAAAUGCUGGGUUUGGUUCGAGAGCUUGAGUGAAGAAGGUGUGAACUAUCAAAGAUAUUUAAAUGCUCUUUUAGAUUAUAUGUGUGGUGAUAUUGCGAAAUUUUUUUCUUCCGUAUUCGUAAACAGGCUUCUGACUCGCUAUUUUGGCACACAAGAUGUGUCGAUACACGAGUUCACGACGUUCACUUUUAGAGUCUUGGAAUACCGAGUAUCAGAACGUGACAACAAUUUCAAGGUGGUAUUCGGAAAGCUGCCUGGAUCAGACAAUGAAGUGAUCACCUUAUUUUUCGACUAUUUCAUACACUCAUGCAGAAGUGAAGAAAGAGACGAAGAGUUAAUCGACACUUUUUUUCAAUACUGGAAUGCAUAUUUCACAGAUUUUGAUAUUUUCGAGAAGCAAAUCGAGCUGAAGUUGCUUCGAAUAGAGGUUGAUCAACAGUCUGGAGAGGAGUACGCGCAAAAAGUCGUGUCGCUCCUAGAGGAACUUCAAUCUCUUUUCGGUUUUCACGUCUUUAAUAUAUUUAGGGAUCAACUCUACGAGUACCUACAAUACUUGAGAGAUGUUCAAUAUUCUUUAUAUUUGAACAUUUUGAAGUAUAAGUGCAAUCCUACCAAUUGCAUCUUGAUUAUAGAACUAAUGAAACGAAGUGUCCGUCCCUUGGAAGAUGAAGAAAAGGAAAUUUACAAUGAAAUCAUGAACAUUUUAAGAGUCGUGGAUGAGCCUAUUGUAAAAAUAUAUUUCAAGUCACUUGUACAGAAAAAAUGACAUUCCUACCUUCACGUUUCUUAACACCAACUGCGGAUUUGAGAAAAUAAUUUGUGACUUUGCACGAUGACUGAAAUUUCCAACGAAGUGUGACUCUGAUUGUAAGAAUAUUUGAAAUUAAAUUUGCAAUAAACUUUCCGUCUAGUCCUAUUCGCGAAUUUAUACAAAAACUUCACUCACUUCAAGGUUCUUCAAGGAUAUAAAAGAAAUAUAUUCGCAUUCAUUAUGCAUCAUUCUCACUAUGAGCGAUUCUUAUUUUAUAACAAUGUUUUCAUACAGUUGCUUAUUGAAACAUAUAUUAGUAAUGAUGUAUUAAUUUUAUAUAUACAGGCUGAU